AGAAAACACAAGCUGCUGCUCGCUGUCGCUUGCUCUAAGCCAUGGUUCGUGUGGCAGUCGCUGGUGGCACAUCCCCGACAUUGGGAAGGAGCAUUGUAACUGCCAUUCUUGAAAAUGGCAGGCACGACGUGGUCAUUCUUUCCAGGAAGGUGCCAGAUCGAGAGGUAAGAGACACACCAAACUGCACAAAUCUUCCUUUUCCUGUUCUCUUUUCUCUCCUCUUCCUCAUUUCGGGCCUUCAUCAGACCCAAAAGGCACUGCUUCAUCCCAAUGUUCCUGGACUGCUCCUCCGUCCUGCCCCUUGCCAUUUCGAUCCUCAAACCACCCUUAACUGCCUUCAGGCAGCCGAAGCAAGAAAGGCAGUCUCAGAUGGUUGAUACCUGGCACCGGUGACAACGAGGCGGGCACAUCAAAGGCCGUACAAUGGUUGAUAACGAGGCCUGGAUUAUCCUCAUUGUGGUUUUUACAGUCGCCAUCAUUCUUACCUUCAUUUGGUGCUUGAAUGGUUACACUUUUCGCUUCAGCAACCAUUUCUCUGCUCAGCGAUUUACUUCUCUUACUCCCCGACCCACGUCAUCCGAGCUUCCGAGACAAUCUGAUGAUUUCCGCCCACCAUCCUCACCGUCUACAGCUGUGGCACCUACAUCCACCGCCACUCCCUUCGCUCUCCAGCGUCCUCCUCCUGUCUAGUACGGCAGUCCUUGGUUCCUUUGACCUCAAGACGAUGGAUCCCCUGGAUUUUCAGUUGGCGCCCCAUUCUGCUCCUACCGAAGCGUACGGUGCUCCAAUUGCCUAUGUCGAUUACUCGUCCGGACCAUCCCUCACUGCUGCUCUUCAAGGGUGCCAAAUUGUCAUUUCAGUGUUGAAGAUUCUCGACCCUCAAGCGAUGAUCGACACCCAUUUGGCACUCCUAGCAGCAUGCGUCACAGCAAAAAUAUCCCGUUUCUCCCCAUCCGACUGGUCACUGGGCCCUCUCUCCCACAGCCAGGUGGAUCUACUAGAAAGCAGGAACCAGCUCUGGAAAUCGUGCUCGGAAUUGGCUGCUGAACAUGGAAUUUAUUGUGCCGAUUUCCAGAAUGGAGCAUUCAUGAACUAUUUUGCCCAAGGAAAGAAGUUUCCCAACGAUAAAGAGGGUCAAGCCGAGGAAGCCUAUGCUCUCGGGGGACUGAAAGAUGGCAUGAUGCUCAAGUACAUCAACCUACCCUCUCAGAAACUGAUCAUUCCACUUACGAGUGACGGGACACCUAGCCUGAUAACAAUGACCCUCCUGGACGACAUUGGAAAGUUUGUUGCCGCAGCCAUCGAUUUACCCCCCGAACAAUGGCAAGGCCAUCUCAGCAUGGCGGGCGAUACCUUUACGUAUGAACAUGUAUACAGCCUAAUGCAGGACCAGGGCUUAGUGCUUCCGCAUGAAACUACGACCAUCGACCAAUGUCAAACACUCAUUGACGACCUGGACAAAGCACUCACCCAUCACUUCAGCCUCGAAACCCUGAUUGAGAAAAUGGUUGCGCAGAUGAUUCAAGUGCAUUGUAGAGGCGAAAUCGGGGGUGGGCAACUGCAACCAACUUUGAACCAGCUCUGCCCAGAGGUUAAAUCGACCACCAUUGCUGAGUAUCUUCAACGGGUGUAUCGAUCAAGAACUUGAAGUCUGACCAGGCGUGUAUACAUACUGACAUUCAUGGAUUCAUUUUCAUUAUCAGCUUUGCAGACCAGAAAAGAAAACUUUACAUCCACAUUAGUUCGUUCUUCAUCCAGCAGAUGGCGAGCUCAUGUCGUUCUGAUCACCAAUUUGCCCGGAUACGCAAGGAGGCCUUGGUAAUAUCCGCAAUGGCCGGACAACCAGCCAAACCCAUACAGGUCUUGAGUUCCACCCUGAGAAUGCCCAACACAGCUUCUACAC